UUUUUCUUCUAUAAAACUCAUUCCAAAACCCUAGAGUGAGGUGAGUGGACUCGUUCUGCUAACUCAGUUCAGGCAGCCAUGGCGUUUCUGCUCAGAUCUUUGCUUGCUCUGCUGCUUUCAGCUCUCUUUUUGCUCCACAUUUCAGAGGUCGGAUCAACAACAGUAACAUUCUACAACAAAUGCACACACCCAGUAUGGCCAGGGAUUCAACCAAGUGCAGGAAAGCCGAUUCUGGCUCGUGGGGGUUUUAAGCUCCCGCCCAACAAGUCUUACCCGCUGAAGCUCCCGCCGCUAUGGUCAGGUCGCUUCUGGGGUCGUCACGGCUGUGCUUUCGACGCAGCUGGCCGCGGCCAUUGCGCCACAGGAGACUGCGGGGGAGCCCUGUUUUGCAAUGGCAUUGGUGGCAGCCCACCCGCUACAUUAGCAGAAAUAACACUAGGCAACGAGCAAGAUUUCUAUGAUGUUAGUCUUGUAGACGGGUAUAAUCUUGCAAUGUCUGUGACUCCGUUUAAAGGAUCAGGUAAGUGUAGCUAUGCAGGCUGUGUUAGCGACUUGAACCUGAUGUGUCCGGUCGGAUUACAGGUUCGUUCGAAAGAUAAAAGAAGUGUUGUGGCUUGUAAAAGUGCUUGUUUUGCGUUCAACUCUCCAAGAUAUUGCUGCACUGGAGUCUUUGGAAAUCCUCAAUCCUGCAAACCAACGGCCUAUUCCAAGAUUUUCAAGACGGCUUGUCCUAAAGCUUACUCUUAUGCUUAUGAUGACCCGACUAGUAUUUCUACUUGCACUCAUGCUAGCUAUUUGGUCACUUUCUGUCCUCAUCAACGCUGAUUUGCAGUCUCUUGCUAGCUAUUUUAGUGACAUUUUUAUAUAUUUAAGUUAAGUAGUACUUGGUUUUGUGCCUGUAUUUACUAAUGCUCUUAGUUAUAGAGAUGAUUGUCAUUUCAUUAGAUGAAAUAUUAUAUUUAUGUUAUUCCA